AUGAGUAUCACACCCAAGAUUCCGGCCUUUAACCCAAAGCCCUCACACACCACUCACGAAACCACGCUGUACCCUACCGCUACCUCGCGACUCGAUAUCUACAACUGCACGCCCCCCGACGCUGGACCGUCAUCAUGGGUCACCGUGACCUACACACCUCCCACAACCAUCACGUCUGAUCGCGAAUCCGACCCAGCGAAGCACACCCUCUUGGCUGUUCCAGCGCACUGGCACGAGCACCAUGAUGAAGCGAUGACGGUAUUGUCUGGGAAGCUCAAGUUCUUCAUCGAUGGUCAGGAACAUGUCUUGAGUGAAGGGCAGGAGCUGUUGAUUCGAAGAGGCACCGUCCAUGGGUUCGAAGUGAUCAGGGGUGUAGGAGCAUCAUUCCGGGAGAGGGCGCUGGCUGCGGGAUGGGAGAAGGAUGGCAAGGAAGUAGAUGGCAGUGGAACUUUCAAGGCAGAACAGCGUCGACCACUCAGUCUUACAAAACUUCUUGCUGCCAGCGCAGUCCCUCUCCUCUUGCUUUCCAGUCCCCUUCACGCACAAGAUGAUGACGAGCCCACCUCCUCAGCUGCCCAGAUAACGACACCCUUCGUUGAUCCACUCACAAACCUCCCGAUGGAGCGUUUCUUCGGCGCCCGCACACAAUUCUCCUUCGCCAUGGCGCUACCUUUAGCAUCCACCACAUCCACCUCAUUCAUCGGUCAACUCUCCUUCCCCUUGGUCAACGGCAACGGCUGGGCCUCCGACGAAGACAACCCACCCGAAGUCCGCGGUCUCUUCACCGCCCGCCCGAUACCCUCCGCCACCUCCGUCUCCGCCAGCCAACUCACCUACACCUUCCUCUGCAGCGACUGUCUCAACAGCACGCUCGGCCUCGGGCCCGAAGCCACUAUCGGGAACGCCGUCAUGGGCUGGGCGCUGAGCGAACGAGCACCGAUUGGAGACCCUGCUGAUGCCGGUGCGAGGUUGGGCUUUCAUGAGAGGGGGUUUGGGCCGUAUACGCAAAGGCUCGCGGAGGCAAGGACUGAGGGGUUCGAGGCUGUGGCGGCUACGGCGGGGUUGCCGCAGCCAGGCUUCGGAAUGGAAGUUUGA